AAGAAAAGCCACCCAUUCCUCCCCCUCCCCUACCUCCCAUCCUUUGCCCAGGAGCUGCCUUCAUCGCAGUCACGCCCCUUCCUUCCGAGGAGCUUUCUGGCUGCCUAAACGGGUAGACCCCCUGAAUUACUUCUUCAUCUCCUCUCUCUUUCGUCUCCUCUUAGUUCUCACCGUCUCUCCCCCACUACCACCACCUCCAGUCUAUCUCGCCUCCCACCAUCCGCUGCUCCACCCUCCGGCCCGGUAUCCUGCCUGUCCACUGCCACCAAGGAGAGCCCGGACGGAGCAACGAGGAGGGGAGCAGCCGGGACUUGGGGCUUUCCCCCUGCCCAUCCCUGGCCAUUGGCCCGGGACUGAAGCCACUCGAGCGAGCAGAGAGUCGUCACCUUGUCUUCGUUGCCUUCAGGGAGUAGCUGAGAAAGAAAACAGAAGUAAAAGAACUUUUGACUCCUUAGAAAGAAGACUGAGAAUCUAAAGGUGGAAGGAAUCCAGUCACUUGAACCAUCACUGCUGCCUUCCAGGAUCUGCACUGGCAGAAAGUUGGAGUCAGGAGCCAGAGCUGGGAAUUAAUUCCUGGCACCUUGAUAUGGGACACAGGCAUCCUAACAGAGAGACCAGUGGUCGAACUCUUGGCGGCGCUUACCCUGUUCCUGAGUGUUAGGGCAGAGGGAAUCUGCUGUUGCGGUUUCUGGAGCUGCUCAUAAGAAAGAAUUCCCUAUCCUGAUCAAGGCUUUACGCCUAAAAGAAAGCAGAAAUAGGUCAAGGGCAGCCCAGGUGCCCAAUUUCUCUCUCUCUUCACAAGGCACCACCAGCAAUAGAGAUGAGAAAUUCUGAAGAACAGCCAAGUGGAGGCACCACGGUAUUGCAGCGUCUGCUACAAGAGCAGCUUCGCUAUGGCAAUCCUAGUGAGAAUCGCAACCUGCUUGCCAUACAUCAGCAGGCUACAGGGAAUGGCCCUCCUUUCUCCAGUGGUCCUGGGAACCCAGGUCCUCAGAAUGAUGUGUUGAGUCCCCAGGAGCACCAUCAACAGCUUGUGGCUCACGCUGCUCGACAGGAACCCCAGGGGCAGGAAAUCCAGUCAGAAAACAUUAUCAUGGAGAAACAGCUGUCUCCACGAAUGCAGAAUAAUGAAGAACUCCCAACUUAUGAAGAAGCCAAGGUCCAGUCCCAAUACUUUCGGGGACAACAGCAUGCCAGUGUUGGAGCUGCCUUCUAUGUCACAGGAGUCACCAACCAGAAGAUGAGGACUGAGGGGCGUCCAUCAGUCCAGCGGCUCAAUCCCGGGAAGAUGCACCAGGAUGAAGGACUCAGAGAUCUUAAGCAAGGCCAUGUCCGCUCCUUAAGUGAAAGACUAAUGCAGAUGUCAUUGGCCACCAGCGGAGUUAAGGCCCAUCCACCUGUUACCAGUGCUCCCCUCUCCCCACCACAACCCAAUGACCUCUACAAGAAUCCCACAAGUUCCAGUGAAUUCUACAAGGCCCAAGGGCCGCCUCCCAACCAGCAUAGCCUGAAGGGCAUGGAACACCGAGGCCCCCCACCAGAGUAUCCCUUCAAGGGCAUGCCACCCCAGUCUGUAGUGUGUAAGGCCCAAGAGCCAGGGCACUUCUAUAGUGAGCAUCGCCUGAACCAGCCAGGGAGAACAGAGGGGCAACUGAUGAGGUAUCAGCAUCCCCCUGAGUAUGGAGCAGCCAGGCCAACACAGGACAUCUCAUUGCCAUUGUCAGCCAGAAACUCUCAGCCACAUAGCCCUACAUCUUCCCUGACGUCUGGGGGUUCCUUGCCUUUGCUGCAGUCUCCACCAACCACUAGAUUGUCUCCUGCUCAACACUCCUUGGUCCCAAACCAAGGAGACCACUCAGCUCACCUGCCUAGGCCACAACAGCAUUUCCUUCCUAAUCAGGCUCACCAAGGGGAUCAUUACCGUCUUCCCCAGCCUGGCCUGAGUCAGCAGCAGCAACAGCAGCAGCAAUCACACCAUCACCACCAUCACCAGCAGCAGCAACAGCAACAGCCACAGCCAGGAGAUACCUAUUCAGCUAUGCCUCGUGCUCAGCAGUCUGCUUCUUACCAGCCCAUGCCAGCAGACCCUUUUGCUAUUGUUUCCAGAGCCCAGCAGAUGGUGGAGAUCCUCUCUGAUGAGAACCGCAACUUGCGGCAAGAGUUGGAAGGAUGCUAUGAGAAGGUGGCAAGACUACAGAAGGUGGAGACCGAAAUCCAGCGUGUCUCAGAAGCAUAUGAGAACCUGGUGAAGUCAUCAUCCAAAAGAGAGGCUCUGGAGAAAGCCAUGAGAAAUAAGCUGGAAGGCGAGAUUCGAAGGAUGCAUGAUUUCAACAGGGAUCUGAGAGAGCGUCUAGAGACUGCCAACAAGCAACUUGCGGAGAAGGAGUAUGAGGGGUCAGAGGAUACCAGAAAAACUAUCUCUCAGCUCUUCGCCAAAAAUAAAGAAAGCCAACGGGAGAAGGAGAAACUGGAAGCAGAAUUGGCCACUGCCCGUUCUACCAAUGAGGACCAAAGGCGGCACAUUGAAAUCCGAGACCAGGCCUUGAGCAAUGCCCAGGCCAAGGUGGUGAAGCUGGAAGAAGAGUUGAAAAAGAAGCAGGUGUAUGUAGAUAAGGUGGAGAAGAUGCAACAGGCCCUUGUGCAGCUCCAGGCAGCAUGUGAAAAACGGGAGCAGCUGGAGCACCGCCUGCGGACUCGCCUGGAGAGGGAACUGGAAUCUCUCAGGCUCCAGCAGCGCCAGGGCACCUCUCAGCCCAGCAAUGUUUCUGAAUACAAUGCCGCAGCACUGAUGGAGCUCCUUCGGGAGAAGGAGGAAAGGAUUCUGGCCCUGGAAGCUGAUAUGACGAAGUGGGAGCAGAAGUAUUUGGAGGAGAAUGUGAUGAGACAUUUUGCUCUGGAUGCUGCAGCCACUGUGGCUGCUCAGAGGGAUGCAUCGGUCAUCAGUCAUUCUCCUAACACCAGUUAUGACACAGCUCUUGAAGCUCGCAUCCAGAAGGAGGAGGAAGAAAUUUUGAUGGCCAACAAGCGUUGCUUGGACAUGGAGGGCAGGAUUAAGACCCUGCAUGCCCAGAUUAUUGAGAAAGACGCCAUGAUCAAAGUUCUCCAGCAGCGUUCCCGGAAGGAGCCAAGUAAGACAGAGCAGCUGUCAUCCAUGAGGCCAGCGAAGUCUCUGAUGUCUAUUUCCAAUGCUGGCUCAGGCUUACUCUCCCACUCAUCCACCUUGACUGGCACCCCUAUCAUGGAAGAAAAACGUGAGGAUAAGAGCUGGAAGGGGAGCCUAGGCAUUCUCCUGGGUGGAGACUACCGUGCUGAGUCUGUCCCUUCCACACCUUCGCCUGUGCCCCCCUCCACUCCCCUGCUCUCGGCUCACUCCAAGACAGGCAGCCGAGACUGCAGCACCCAAACUGAACGUGGACCGGAACCCAACAAGCCUGCAGCUGUUACUCCCAUCUCUGUUCCUGCUCCAGUUGCUGCUGCCGCCACUGCUGCUGCCAUCACUGCCAACACUGCCACUGCUGCCACCAACACCAACACCAUGGUAGCUGCUGCUCCAGUCGCGGCUGCUGCUGUUGCUCCAUCUGCCACUGCUGUUGCUGCUGCCCCAUCUCCAGCAACUGCUGCUGCUCUUACUGUUGCUGCUUCUCCAUGUGCUGCUGCUCAGAUGCCAGCUGCUGCCUCUGCCACCACUGCCACUGCUGCUCCUGCUGCUGCUCUUGCUCCUGCUGCUGCUGUUGCUGCUGUUGCAGUUCAGGUUGCUCCAGCUGCUCCGGCUCCGGUUCUAGCUCCAGUUCCAGCCCCGGCUCUGGCCCCAGCAGUGGCUCAGGCUUCUGCUCCGACUCAGACUCAGGCACCAACUCCUGCUCCGACUGUGGCUCCUCCUACAUCUCCAGCUCCAGCUCCAGCUUUGGCUCAGGCUGAGGCUCCUGCAAGUCCAGCCACUAGUUCUGGAUCACGUCGUUUGUCUAUACCAAGUUUGACUUGCAAUUCAGAUAAGACAGAUGGCCCUGUUUUCCACUCCAAUACUCUGGAAAGAAAAGCACCCCUUCAGAUCCUGGGACAAGAGCCUGAAGCAGAGAUGGUGGAAUAUCUCAUCUAAAUGACCUAAUCAAGAGCUGGAGUUUAUCAGAAACAAUGCUUUUAAUCAUUUUCCCCUUUUGUUUGUUCUUAUUUUUAGGGUGAGGAUAAGGGUUGGGGGUGGGGAUGUUUUCUAAAGGGACUUUUUAUUGGAACAAUAUAGUACUUAAGUAAUACCAUAUGAACUUCAGUCUAUUCUGGUAUACUCCGAAAGUACCUCUAAAGACAGACUCAUCAGAAUGUGUUCUGAAGUCUGUUGUUUGCAUUAGUACAAAUACUGGGACUAUUACCAGGUGGAUAUACAGUGAUAUUUUCAGUGUGCUUAAAUUUGUUUAAAAUUUCCCUCUUCCAGAUGAUUUUCUAUUGAAGAGCACAGCAUGUGUGAAAGACAGUGUGUAACAUGUAGUUUGGACAUGGCAAGCCAGAGAGAGUUCAUGUGUGUGCUGUUUUGUGCAGUUACCAACUGGUUAGCAGCCAGAGAAAGCUCUCACCUCAGGCUCAUGAAAGGGAAUAGUUUUAGGAGCUUAUGUAAGCUGGAGAACAGGUGGGGAGUACUGGGAUACAGAAAGAUGCUAGAGCUAAUUUUCCCUCUCAGUUUCCCAGCUACCUCGCCCCAAGGGAUUGUGUUGAUCUUCAUUUCAGUGGUGCUUUGGAAGUGGGUUCUUUUGGUUCCCUCCUGGAGGUUCAUACAAUCAUAUAUAUAUAUAUAUAUUCUGAAGUAAUUUAUGCAUUUGGAUAAUUAAUAUAUUGCUUUCAGAUGCUAGGAGAGUAAAUUAACUGAGUGAUAUGCAACUUCUCUCCUAGGGGAGUUAGGCAUCCAAGGCCCCUAUGGAGAGUUGCAUGAGGUGCUGUGUGUAGAUUGUUAUAGCCAUGAACACAGCUUGUCUGCCUUUUGUGAGAACAAUCAGCUUAGUAUUUAUUUCUUCUAUAGCAUAGGUUCACUAGCUGGAUUACUUACUAGUCCCAAAUUGCCAAUAGUUUGCAAAAUGAGAGAGCAUUUUUGUUGACAAGUUGAACGCUUUAAAUUUCUGGUGACUGUUUUGAAAUAAUUCAUUCUGUUUUUCCAGUUUCUUAGUGUAUUUGACUAUCACCUCCAAGGGAAUAGCACUAGAAGGCCAAAGUACUAUGGUGCAGACAGAGGAGAGGUGGAUUGUGUGGUCUUCUCAGUUGCCUCUUCUCAUUGCCAGGGAUUCCUUGAAAUAGCUUUGGGAAGCAGUGGGAAAUGUGUAUGUGGGCGGGGACCAAAGGAGGCAGUGGCUGCAAGCCUUGCCAGUCUGUCUCCAACAACACAGAGGGUGCUACUUGCCACAGGCCCCUGCCCUGUGUCACCUUUCUGCCCUUCAUUAAGGUGACAAAUCUGCAGACAGUGUCAUUAAGUUCAGUUUUCAGGGGUAUAGGUAGGGUGAAGGGGCAUUUUUAGGUAAGGGUGGGGGAUAGAAGUUUUGGGAAAUAUUAGAAACCAGAUUAAUAGAAGAAUAGGCCUGAUAUAUUGUAUCAUGAGCCAUAGUGAUGGGAAGGAAUUUUAGCAACAUAGCCCUUCCCUCUAAUUUUACUGAUGAGAAUCUGAGACUUGGAGAGGUUCGGUGACAUUUUCAAGAUCACACAGCACUGCUGUCCACACUGCCAAUUACCAUGCUGAUUUUGGGAAACACUUAUACACAGAAAAAGAGCCCAUUUUAAGAAAAAGACAUCUUCAUGGUCCAAGGCGUCUGUGUUUUGUAAAAUGUCCGUGGCUUGAGUAGUUUGUCCAGGGAUCUGACAAUUCUUAUCUUGCCUCUUGUGCAGUGCCUUGUGCUAGGUUUAUCCUUUCCUGAUCCCCACUUCAAUAACAAGUCACAGGAAAUGUCCUCCUAAGAAGUCAACCCCACUUUGUUUCUCCAUAUCAGACUGAGUGUCUCAAAUCAUCUCAUGGAGUUCUGCGAGUAAAGGCAUGGCACACUUAGAAGUACUUUUUGUAGUUCUUAUUAUCUUCAAAAGGAAUUAUUGUGUGCAUGUGUUUGGGAUGCGGAGAUGAGGAAGGAUAAUGUGAUUUUUCAGCCAGUCCUCAUAUUUUUAUAAAUGACAUGGUCAUUGGAAUAUCAGUUCUCCAUAAAAAUUAGAAGUGCAGUGGUGUUAAUACUUAUUCAUACUAUCCUUUUAAAAUAACAAUAAUAAUACAACUGUAAUGGUAGAAGCAACAAGUAGCACACUUCAGAGGAGCUACUUUCUAUCUAUCCAAAUGAAGGAAUAAAUAGAAGCAAACCUUUCACUUACUCCUUUCAUGGUUGUAGCACAUUGCCAGAAUUUGUGCUCACUCUGGGAGCCGUGAGUGUAAUCACAUUCUGGAAUAUGACAAAUGUCAUACAUUCCACACUGUGUGGCAGCCAUCUUUUUAGACUCAGGUGUUUUGGAGAAAUAAGGAAGUUCUUGGCUAAGUACUGUUUGGGGCUUUCCAGAACAUCUCUGCCCUCUCACACCAGAGGUAGUACCCUGUCUGCUAAUUCAAAUUCCAGAUAAUUUGCUAAAAUAACAUUGUACAGUUAAGAGAUGGAAGAAGACCAUGUCAGUGCAUUAUGUUUAUGGAGAAGUUAGAAUGCUGCCUUUUCAGAAAAUCUCUGCAAGGUGUCACUUAAAAAAUUCAGGUUCAUGGGAGAAAUCUCAAGGUAGCCACCUUUUCACAAUUGUGUGGAUGUAACAGGGGAUCUUUCUGGACUCCCACCUAUCUAUGUAUUUUGGUGUCACCUCAGGACAGGAGGCUGACCUUGUUGUCUUAACAUAUACUGCCUGGUGUUCUCUGUAAUGAGUUGUACCCCAAAGUCCCAUGAACAGAACAACUUCAUUUGAACAACUUUUCCUUGAUAUAAAAUUCCUAGUAAUGAUUUCUUUGAAAUAAAAGUAGCUUGAGCUUUCUUUUAAAAUUGUAUAUCUUGAUUGUUGUCUUAAUGAAGGAUUUCUUCUCAAUGCUGCUUUUGAGCUUCAGGGUGACAGGACAGCAGGAACCUGAAAUGUCUGCCAUAGGAAAUGUACCAAGAGACCUGUCAUGUUCUCUUUUUGUCGUUGCACUGUUGGGUGGGCUUAGCAGUUGGAACAUGAACAAACUGAUUGUGCAAACUACUUUGUAUGAAGAGUCUAAACACUCAUAAUGCGGCAGCUUAAAGUGUAUACAUAUGCACUAACUUUCAUAACUUAUAUAUUCUCAUGUAUGUUAGUGUACAAUCUCUUGUUAUCAAAAUUGCUCAUUCACAUAUGGAAUAUGUUACUUAAAAUGUGUGCAUUUUUACUGAAAAUGUUUUCAAAGGAAGGCAUCCACUGAGGGCUAAUUGCCACCAAUCUCAGCCUACCACCAUCCUUGGAAAUGUAUCUUCCAAGUGCCAUCCAUCAUCAGCGGGACAAGUGUCGGGAGUUUGUUUAUAUUUCUGGUAGCAACAGUAGGUUACAUGGAGCCAUCAGACCUCUUUCUGUCCUUCUUGUGAUUAAUGUCAUGUGAUUGUAAAACAGAGAGCUGGGGUUGGCAGAUGGGCUAGAAAAGAAUUGCCUUUACUUUAAAAUGUAUGUGGUCCCAUAAUGAUUGUGAUCUCAUUCUGUAAUCAACUGAGGUAGUUCCAAUAAAGUGAAGCAGGUUUCAAUCCA